CUGGGCUGGGCCUGCAGGUCGGCGGGGAGCGAGAGGGGGGCAGCUGUCGCCGCAGGGAAGGUGCCGCGGGCAGCCGGGACGCCUGGCUUGGCCGUAACCCGGUCCGGGGCCGGGUGGGACCGUGAGGUCCCAUGGCCGAGCCGGCUCCGUUACCUCUGACUUUUGAGGAUGUGGCCGUUUAUUUCUCCGAGCAAGAAUGGCGGGAUCUAGAGGCAUGGCAGAAGGAGCUUUACAAGCAAGUAAUGAGAACCAAUUAUGAGAUUCUUGUUUCUCUAGAUGAUGGACUUCCCAAACCAGAACUAAUAUCCUGGCUUGAACAGGGGAGAGAACUCUUCAGGAACUGGGGAGAAUCACAGAAAUCAGGAAACAUAAUUUGCUCCUCUGCUGAUUUGCAUUUGGAUCCAGUUAUUGAGGGACAACUGUUCGGGGGAAGCCAGCAAGCUGUGAAACCAGGAGAAGCCCACUGCCAUUUCCAAGUAGAUCCUCUUCAGAGCCAGUGUUCCUCUGAACCCUUUUUAGGAAAAAGUGAAGCUGUUUCCUUCAGGCCUGACCAAGUCGUCACCCUCCUGAGCCCACACAGACAUGAUACUCGGGCUCUAGGUCCACUAGUCCACAGCUCCAGGGAACCCACCCGAAGAGACAGAAUCGUAAGUCCCAGGACCCUCGGUCUCCCAGGCUUCCAGGAAACCUCCGGGGAGGGCCCCCAGCACCCUUGCCCUGUCUGUGGGGAAGGCUUUUGGAAGAACCUCUCAGAGCAGCACCAGGGGAGCCACUCGAAGGACCCGCCACACAAGGCCUGGAAUCAAUUCCGCAACCAAACCGAGGUACAACAGCCCCUGAGCAUCCCUCGGGGACAGAGGCACUUCCGCUGUCCAGAAUGUGGGCGGGGCUUCCGCCGGAAGUCGUGUUUGCUUAGACCCCUGGCGAUCCACCGCGAGGAGAGCCAGCUGCCGGGCAGCGAGGGUGAAAUGUACGCCCACCACCUGCGCGCGGGGCCGAGGCCUUCCCAGUGCCCCGGCUGCGACGAGAGAGGCCCCCGGGGCCCUCCCGGCGCGGAGAGGCCAGGCUCCCGGAGAGAGGGCGCCAGGGCCGCCUCCGAGCAGGCUGAGCUCCCGCGCUCGGGAGAGAAGCCAGGCCUGAGCCCGGCUGGCGAGGAGCGCCCGGAAUCUCUCGAGCCCGGCCCCGGCGCGGAGAGGCCGGCCUCCUGCGGCCCGUGCGGCCGGCGCUCCUCCCCGCAGUGCGGGCUUCCAGACCACACCCACGUGCACAGCGCAGAGCGGCCCUUCCGGUGCGCCGAGUGCGGCCGGGCCUCCCGCCAGUGCGGGCGGCUGCGGCUCCACCGGCGGCUGCAUUCAGACGAGCAGCCUUUCGCGUGCCCAGAGUGCGGCCUGGGCUUCCGGCUGAGGAGGCACGGCGGCGAGAGGCUGCUCUCCUGCGGCGAGUGCGGCCGCGGCUUCGCCCACCCGUGCAAGCUGCGCGAGCAUCUGCGGGUGCACAGCGGAGAGCGGCCCUUCGGCUGCCCCGAGUGCGGCAAGAGCUUCCGCCUGAAGGGCAUCCUGAAGGCGCAUGAGCGCACGCACAGCCGCGAGCGGCCCUUCCAGUGCGCGGAGUGCGGCAAAGGCUUCACGCGGCCAUCCAAGCUGGCCGAGCACUUCCGCGUGCACAGCGGCGAGCGGCCCUUCGGCUGCCCCGACUGCAGCCGCCGCUUCCGUCUCAAGGGGCAGCUGCGGAGCCACCAGCGCCUGCACACGGGCGAGAGGCCCUUCCCGUGCCCCGACUGCGGCAAGAGCUACCGCGUGAAGGCCGACAUGAAGGCGCACCGGCUGCUGCACGGCGGCCGGAUGCCCUUCUCCUGCGAGUGUGGCAAAGGCUUCGCCAAGCAGUCCAAGCUCGUGGAGCACAUCAGGACGCACACGGGCGAGAAGCCCUUUCAGUGUCCCCAGUGCGACAAGAGCUUCCGCUUGAAGGCGCAGCUGCUCAGCCACCAGGGCCUGCACACCGGUGAGAGGCCUUUCCGCUGCCCCGAGUGCAAUAAAAACUUCCGGGAAAGGGGCCACAUGCUUCGGCACCAGCGCAUCCACAGGCCCGACAGGCCGUUCGCCUGUGCAGACUGUGGCAAGGGCUUCAUUUAUAAGUCGAAACUCGCCGAACACAUCAGAGUGCACACGAAGUCCUGUCGUGCCCCCAGUGAGCCUGACGUUAAGCAAAGGCUCAGCCAACUGUUUGCAAUGAUCGAGGCCGACUGGAGUUGAGACCGAGUAGGGCGCCCAAAGCGGUCAGCAGAGUCGGUAUUGCCAGGGAGUCCACAGCCAGCGCAGCCAAACCCAAAAUCUGGUAAGACAGAUGGAAGGAACAGGGGCCCUUUUAUGAGCAAGAAUAUAAUACAAGUUAGGAAUAUGAGAAACCACAAAGAUUCUCAUUUAAAACAUCACCAGCUAUGUUUUCUAUCCAUUGAUAGAAAACAGUGGAUAGAAACAAUAGAUAGGUUUGUUCUUCCCACCAUCUUAACGGGUGAUUUCCCCCAGCGUGCUAAUAAGCUAACUCUGAAAUCCCAGCUUGAAUUUAGACAGCAGGAAAUCCCUCCAGUACUGUUCUCAAAGCUAAAAGGAUGGGGUGACUGUUAAAUGUCAACUCUUCUUUUUUUCAUAGUAUGAUGAUAAGCAGGGGGUUUAACCCAGCGACUUUUGUUGCAGGCCUGAUAUGAUAGGAUUUGGUUUUGACUUAUUUGAAGCUAAUAGCAACAAAAUGAGUUCUCCGACUCAUGGUUUGUCUAUGUGAAUGCUGAAGUUUCACAGCAGGUUUCAUAGUGAUUAUGCAUGGUUACCCUUAAGGAAAAGCUGAUAAUUCAAGCAAAAUUUGAUUAAUCUGGGUUGAAGAAAAUAAAACCGAAGGUGCUAAGUUUUAUGGGACU